AUGUACCUCGGCGCUCCAACAGUCAUCAUUCCCGCGCUGAGGAGAAACGACUCAGACGCCGUCAGCGAUGCUAUGGCUUCUUUGAUUUCUUCCGGCUGCAGCUACGGCACGAUUCCUUGGAACUUCAUCUUGCCCGUCUUACUGUCGACCUUCGGCCGGAGGAGAACCUUUCUCUUCGUAAACUGCGCCUUGAUCAUCACCAGCGUUAUAUUCUACAUUAGCGACAGUCCUAACCAACUCCUCAUCUUUGAAAUCAUCACUGGAUUACCUCACUCCGGGACUGUCACUGUUGCCGUCAUAAUACUAGCCGAAUACACGUCACCUAAGUAUCGUGGCAUGUUCUUGAUGACCAAAUCAGCGUCCAUACAUUGGGGUAUUUGGGUGUCAAAUGUUAUUGGGACAUUUUUCUCUUGGAGAUACAUAGCUGUGGUUGGGUUCUUGUGUUCGCUGUACACUUUAACAGCAUUUUUCUGGCCGGAAUCUCCAUUUUGGCUAGCCAACAAGGGUAGGUUUAACGAGUGUAAACGAUCCCAUAGAUGGUUGAAAGGCAAUGGAGAAUUCUCUAAAAAGGAACUUGAUAAUUUACUAAACUACCAAAAUUAUGAGAAUCUUACGAUCAGAAAUGGUAAUAUUUUUAGAUUUUUCAGAACUAUAUCUUCUAGAGAAUUCUACAAACCUAUCUUCGUUAUAACUCUGUGUGUUUGUCUGUAUAUAUUUUCGGGGAAACUCGUUUGUAGCAUCUAUGCAAUAGAUAUAUUCAAGCGAAUUACUAAGAAUGAUUCUGCGGCGUACACCGGCAUGCUAAUUUUAGAUGGUGCAACAGUUUUCAGCAUGUACGUGGGCUGCUUAUUGUGUAGAUUUCUUAAACGUAGAACAUUAUUGUUAUGUUCUGCUACUGUGUCUAUUUUAUUUCUAUUUACUAUAUCGUUGUAUUUGUUUUUAGUCAAAUUGUCUUUAUUAGUUGAAAAUGCGUUCUUAUCUAUAGCUUUGUUAGGUUGUUAUUCAUUCUCUGUGGGCUGUGGACCCACGAUUAUGGCGACGUCAUUGUACGCUGAAUUAGUACCGUUAAGACAUAAGAGUUUAAGUGUUGUUUUAGUAUCAAUAAUUUUUAUGUCACUAUUAGCAACAUCUUUAAAUAUUGCGCCGUUUAUAUUCAAAAGUUUUGGAAUGCAUGGCACCUUCUUGUUUUAUGGUAUAUGCAUGAGCAUUUUUACUAUUUUAGUGUUCUGGUUUUUGCCUGAAACGAAAGAUAAAACGUUGAUUGAAAUCGAUCAGUAUUUUAAAGGAGAAGAAAAAUUACAGAAUAAGAGAACGGAUAGUUGA